AUGGCACCACAGUUCCCCAUCCUUAUCAAGAGGAACAUCCACUUCCCCUGCUUCGGCUUCUCCAAGGAUGUCCAUGUGGAAGAGAUCAAUGUGGGGCCUAGGGAUGGAGCAAGUAGACCAGCCUGCUGGUUUCUGCUGCAGGGUGGGGUGGUCAUCAACUGGAACUGUAACCUGGGCCUGCCUGAAACCGACUGCAACCCCCACUACUCCUUCCACCGCCCCGAUCCCAAGACCACUGUCCCAGGCAGUGGCACUUGCAGUCCUGCAUCCUCCUCCUGCCCUCCCUGGAGGUCUGCGAAGUAUUAUAAAUGGAACAGGACCCACACACGAGUGUUGAUCAAGGCCUGUGGGAUCCAUAUUGAUGUCAUCGUGCAGGGCCAGGCAGGGAAGUUUAGCCUGAUCCCCACUGUCAUCAACCUGGCCAUGGCUCUGACCUCGCUGGGAAUGGGCUCCUUCCUCUGGGACUGGAUCCUGCUGAGCUGCAUGAACAAGGACCAGGUGUACAGCAGCAGGAAAUUUGAGCAGGCACCACCCUAGAUCCUGGCCCUGGAGGUUUGGUCCUCUGGGACAGAGCAGUGGCCACGCUGCCAGCAAGGCAGGGCAGGGUGCCUGGGCACGGCUGCAGGCUGGGCAGCAGCAUGUGGCUGGGGCUGCCAGGGCAUCUGGCCCCUCCAGCCAUCUCUCACCCCCGC